GCAGCCAAGCCGCUCACGACGUCGCUGGGUGAAAAAUAGAGAUAAGGCCAAAAAAUAAUUGGGAAAACAAGAACACUUGAGAACUUAAAACCUUAAGAGUCCAUUCAUCAACGAAAAACUCCAGUGAAUGUGAAUUUUUUUAGUGAAGUGUUGAAAAAGUUGCAAGUUGAGCCAAGUGGGGAAGGAAAAGGCAAAAUAUUGGGAGCGUUGGGCUGGCUAUGAAAGACUCGAUGAGCAUAUUAACCCAAACGCCCAGCGAGCCGAACGCAGCGCAUCCCCAGCUGCACCACCAUCCGCUGCAGCACCACCACCACCAUCACUACGGCCUGCAGCCACCGGCGGUGGUCAGCAUUGGUAGCACCACCAUGGCGUCCGGCGGCGGUAGCACCACCACAGCAUCGGGCCUGAAGCCCAAUCGAUCCCGCUUCAUGAUCAACGACAUUCUGGCGGGCAGUGCAGCGGCCGCGUUCUACAAACAGCAGCAGCAGCACCAUCACCACCAGCAGCAGUUGCACCACCAUAAUAACAACAACAAUUCGGGCUCCAGCGGUGGCAGCAGUCCCGCUCACAACAACAACAACAACAGCGAAAGCUUUGAGCCACCGGCAGGUGGUGUUGGCGCUGGCUUGCCACCCGCCUUGCACCACCCACAACCACAUCCGCAUUCGCAUCCGCAUCCGCACACGCUGAUGCACCCGCACGGCAAGCUGGGGCACUUCCCACCCACCGCCGGCGGCAAUGGGCUGAAUGUGGCCCAAUAUGCGGCGGCCAUGCAGCAGCAUUAUGCCGCUGCUGCCGCGGCGGCUGCUGCGCGAAAUAAUGCCGCUGCUGCGGCGGCUGCUGCGGCUGCCGCGGCUGCUGCAGUAGCCGGACCGCCGGGAGCGAUUGGAGCCGGUGGCGCCGGCGGCGGCGGAGGCGGCGGAGUGUUGGCGCCAUCGAGCGCCGGUGACUUGGACGACAUCAGCGACUAUCACGAGGAGAACGAGGACUGCGACAGCGAUGAGGCGGGCAGCGCGGGAGGCGGUGGGGGAGGCAGCGCCCACAUGGACGAUCACAGCGUUUGUAGCAAUGGCGGUAAGGACGAUGAUGGAAAUAGUGUCAAGAGCGGUUCCACAAGCGACAUGAGCGGUCUGAGCAAAAAGCAAAGAAAGGCACGUACCGCCUUCACGGACCACCAAUUGCAAACUCUGGAGAAGUCCUUCGAGCGGCAGAAGUAUCUCAGCGUCCAGGAGCGCCAGGAGCUGGCCCACAAAUUGGAUCUGAGCGACUGCCAGGUGAAGACUUGGUACCAGAAUCGCAGAACCAAAUGGAAGCGGCAGACCGCCGUGGGUCUGGAACUUUUGGCGGAGGCCGGAAACUUCGCUGCCUUCCAGCGGCUGUACGGCGGAUCGCCCUACUUGGGCGCCUGGCCGUAUGCGGCCGCUGCUGGCGCCGGCGCCGCUGCCGCUGCCGCCCAUGGGGCCACGCCCCACACGAGCAUCGAUAUCUAUUACCGCCAAGCAGCCGCAGCCGCCGCCAUGCAGAAGCCGCUGCCCUACAACCUGUACGCCGGCGUUCCCUCCGUGGGCGUUGGUGUGGGCGUGGGUCCGGCGCCCUUCUCCCACCUCUCCGCGUCCAGUUCGCUGUCCUCGCUGAGCAGUUACUACCAGAGCGCCGCUGCCGCCGCGGCCGCUGCGAAUCCAGGUGGGCAGCAUCCGGUGCCGCCGCCUCCGGCAGUCGGCGGUGGCUCGCCGCCGAGCGGUCUGGUGAAGCCCAUACCGGCCCAUUCCGCCCCCGCCUCCGCCUCCCCGCCGCCAAGGCCGCCGUCGACGCCCAGUCCGACGCUCAAUCCGGGCAGUCCGCCGGGCCGCUCGGUUGACAGCUGCUCGCAGUCGGACGACGAGGACCAAAUACAGGUGUGAGCGGUAGCGGUAGGCGGUAUCGGUAACAAAGGACUCCGGCGAUUGGGUGUGCGUGUGUCUAUCAUUGGGUUUAUGCCUACUCAAAAACGUUAAUUUCAAGGGAUAAAAUUAAUGAGCAGAUUUUAAAUUUUGUUUGUUAAUUAUCACAACUACAUAUCAAGUUUAAAUAAUUUGCUUGAGUAUUUUAUUUUAAAACUUAAAACCCACUUAUAUGGCAUUUACUUUAGGUUAAAGUGAUCACAAAUUGCUUUAGUCGUAUACCAUAUCACCAUCCUUUCAUGGUUCUAACUUUAGUACAAAAACCUUUUAUUAAAUAUGUGUUUAUGAAGGAACUAAAAAUAACAAAAAGUUGAUAGAUAUAACUUCGUUGGAUCAGCUAUUGUAUGUUAGGUUCUAGCACAAAAAUGUUCAGUAUUUAAAACACGAUCAUAGGAAAUGCCAAGAGAAGUAGUACGUAUUGCAUUUCAAAAACACACUUUUCGAAACACAAGGUGCCCUAGAAUUCGCGUAUUUGAGUCUGCGCAUAAACCCCGCUUUUCUGUGUGUGCCUGCGUGUGUAUAUAAUCAUAUAUCUGUGUCUCUGUGUGUGCGUGUGCUUAAUUAAUUUAUUUGAUUUGCUUUUAGUAACUUAUUCAAAAUGUUUUUUAC